UGAAACUGGGAAUAGAAAUUAAAUGAAAAGAAAGGAAGAAACCUGUAUUGCUAUCCCGUGAAACGUUCAAAAUUUUUUUCUGCUAAUCCGCCGAGUCCGAUUCAAUCUGAUUGGCCUGAGUACGACAAGGAUUGGUUAGAUUGAGAGAACGACCUGCUUGCCUGCCUUGUUGACCAUGGUGCAGUAUUAGUACACUGUUCCUCCCAGAGGCCACCUAAGCAACCAUGGCUCCAGGAGAGAGGAGUCAGAAACGGAAAUCCCAGUCCUUCAUGGCAAGGGUGUCCCAGAUCUGGCAGAAAUAUGCAACCAAGGAUAUGCUAGUAGACCUGAUCUUUAACCCAAAAUACUUAUGGGUUUCAGCUUUGUUAUUUAUAUUGGCAGAGAUCAUUGUCAAUAUAUAUAUCAUCCAAAAGAUCAAAUAUACUGAGAUUGACUGGGUGGCUUAUAUGCAAGAGGUAGAGGGUGUCGUAAACGGAACAUGGGAUUAUACUAAACUGCGUGGAGAUACUGGACCUCUUGUGUACCCUGCAGGGUUUGUCUACUUUUUCUUAGGGUUGUAUAAAAUCACAAGCAAUGGUGCAAAUGUUCGUCUAGCCCAAUAUAUAUUUGCAGCAUUUUAUAUUAUCACUUUAGUUUUGGUCUUCAGAAUCUUUCACAAGAGUAGAAAGCUCCCCCCAUACAUUUUGAUAUUCCUGUGCUGCACCUCCUACCGCGUCCACUCCAUCUUCGUUCUUCGGUUAUUUAACGAUCCAGUGGCUAUGAUGUUUCUCUAUGCAGCAAUCAAUCUCUUCAUUGAUGGAUACUGGUGUUUUGGAAGUCUGAUAUACAGCCUUGCAGUUUCCAUUAAGAUGAACAUCUUGUUAUUUGCGCCUGCACUGUUGCUUGCAUAUCUGCGCUGCCUCGGCUUCAAGAAAACCAUACUGCAGCUGACCAUUUGUGCUGCUGUCCAGGUGUUGUUAGCUGUACCAUUUCUAAUGGCAAAUUCAUUUGGAUAUAUAAAGCAGUCGUUUGACUUGGGACGUGUCUUUUUGUUUGAGUGGACAGUGAACUGGAGGUUCCUACCAGAAGAGAUAUUUGUUAAUAGGUGGUUCCAUUUAGUGCUUCUGGUUCUACAUUUGGUUCUUCUCUGCACCUUUGCCUACACUCACUGGGAUAGGUACCUAGUCAAUUAUGCCACUCUUCAAGGAAUUGGACUUGAGACAGAGAUGGCUUGCCAGUUACUGGUGCUGCCCUUGUUUGUCAGCAAUUUCAUAGGUGUGGCUGUGAGUCGAUCUCUCCACUACCAGUUCUAUGUCUGGUACUUCCACUCACUCCCAUACUUGCUUUGGUCAACUCAAUUUAGUGUAACAUUCAGACUUUUGUUGCUAGGUGUGGUGGAGCUGUGCUGGAAUACAUACCCAUCAACAUGGUGGAGCUCAGGUCUCCUUCAUGCUUGCCACCUAGCUGUUCUAACAGGAUUGUUUCUUAAUCGCCCGACAAACAAGCGAACAGAGAGGUUAAAGAAAGCACUAGAAAAGAAAGAAUAAAAUUAAUACAAGAUUG